GGGAAUCCGGUGACAGCGAUGCAUGUGAGUGUUUGUGGCUCACUAGGAGAAGUAGUUGUAUAUUUCAGAAACUGUUUACAACUCAAGGAGCUGGUACACAGCCCUGUUUAUGCAGUUGAUAAGUUACUGUCCUCUUAUACCAUCCAGAUAAUUGACAUUAUUGGAAGCGUCGUGAAAAGUAGACACGUUUCAGACAUUUGUGGAUUUAAGACGGCCAGAGCCUCGUUGCCUGCCGAUGCUAAUUUCGCUAAAGAGAAAGGCUUGCAUUUAACCCUGGACUUUAAUAAUGGUAGUCGUUUAUCUGCACGCUCUAUAAAUAAAGUUGGCUUAUUCAGCGAUAUCCACAGCGCUGCCAUUAACGCGUACACCACGAAACCACGAGAGAUUUAUUUCGCAGUUGUAAAUAGAAACAGCUCUGAUUCAGCCGAUGAUAGAAUGGACCAAGAUGUGAAGGAAACAGGCGACCAAGAUGUGAAGGAAACAGGCGAAAAACGUAAAUGUGAAAACUCUGACAAUCAUGAGAAAACCGGUCGCAAAAGGCGAAGAGGACAAGGAGGAAAACAGCUCCGUCCUGGGGAGAGAUAUGUACCUCCACCUCAAAAGCGCAACCCAGGCGUCAGUUUUAGUCAGGAACAUUUUGACGAGACGUCAUAUUAUUUUGAUGGUGGUCUUCGUAAAGUUCGUCCUUAUUAUUACGACUUCAAAACGUAUUGCAAAGGACGUUGGAUUGGCAAGACUCUUCUGGAGGUUUUCAGCAGUGAGUUCAGAUCUGAAUCCUUGGAAUAUUAUGAGAAAGCAGCCAAAGUAGGCCGCAUUCGGCUUAACGACACUCCUGUUGAUGACCUGAAUAUCACUCUAAAGAACAAUGAUUUGAUGAAGAACACAGUCCAUCGCCAUGAACCACCUGUGGUUGGUCACCCCAUUGAGAUUAUUGAGGAGAAUGAUGAAGUCGUGGUGGUGAACAAACCGGCUUCGCUGCCAGUGCACCCCUGUGGACGAUUUCGACACAACACUGUCAUCUUCAUCUUGGGAAAGGAGCGAGGUCUCUCUGAACUUCACACUGUCCACCGCCUGGAUCGCCUUACGUCCGGAGUGCUGCUCUUCGCCCGCACUCUGGAGGUGUCAAAAAGGCUGGAUCAGAUGGUGCGCGAUCGAGAGCUGGAAAAGGAGUAUCUGUGUCGAGUGGAGGGAGAAUUCCCCGAGGAAGAGCUGGUGUGUGAAGAGCCCAUCCUCGUCGUCUCCUUCAAGGUUGGUGUGUGCCGUGUGGACCCCAAGGGCAAACCCAGCCGCACAGUCUUUCAGAGGAUAAGCUGGAACGGCCACUCCAGUGUGGUUCGCUGCAGGCCGGUCACUGGACGCACUCACCAAAUCCGUGUCCAUUUGCAGUAUCUGGGAUACCCCAUCCUGAAUGACCCAGUGUACGGGUCCUCAGCCUGGGGCCCUGGACGAGCCAAAGGUGGCGUGAUAAGCAUGACCAAUGAUGAACUCUUAGAAGCCCUUGUCGAGGAGCAUCGUGCAAAGGAGAGCCUGCAUUUGUUGGACAUACCUGAUGAGGACCUGAAGAUUGGUGGAAAAGCCGUGGCUGUAGAAAGUGCUGCCCAGGUGGACACCUGCUGUGAGAGUAACCAAGAUGGAGCCUCUGAUGCGCCACAUACACCAGCCGAUAUGUCUCAGUCCGGUAACAAAGACCAUAAAGCCAAACAGGCAGAAGAGACCAACAAAGUCUCGGAGGUUGCCUCCAGAACGGCCAGCAUCACUGAGGGGGAACCGGUCACUGAGAUGGCCUCAUCAGGGGACCAAACAUCUUUAUCAGGUGGUUCAAAUGCUGGGAUAGAUCCUUUGUGCCGAGAGUGUAAGCUUGUCCGACCUGAUCCCACUGAGAAGGAACUAGUCAUGUACCUCCAUGCUCUGAGAUACAAGGGACCAGACUUUGAGUAUUCUACUUCUAUGCCUAGCUGGGCAAAGGAAGACUGGGUUGAAGAUUAAAGAUGCCUCCUUUUUUUAUGAUUGUAUAUAAGAUUUCCCCUCAGAAAGUUUUUUUAAUAUGAAGUAUGUUGAAGCAGCAUGCAUUCAUUAUGAAAUAUAAUCCAAAUGUGUGAUGACAUUUUCCUUGGUUCUAAAAUUCUAUGUUUGUGUUGAUGCUUAGAGAUUUGUCAGAGCUUAGUGAUACAUAUCAUUUUUACAGAAAGAGAUUGAGAGCAAAGCAAGUAUUUCCGUUUUGAAUCAUUGGUAGUUUUUUUAUGAGCUUGAUGACCUUUUAUUAUUUUAUUAAAAGGAACUCAUUCGG